AUGGCGUUAGAAAUGGAGAUUAAGGAUUUACUAGUGUUCAGCGAUUCAGAUUUGCUUGUACAUCAGACUCUCAAGGAAAAUGUCUUUGCUAAUGCAGUGGCCACUUUAUCUUCAAUGAUUCAACAUCCAGAUGAGUUGGUAAUUGAACCUAUCCAGAUUCAUCUACAAGAAAAACCCGCUCACUGCCUAGUUGUGGAAAAGUCUUCCGAUGGCCGUCCCUGGUACAACGAUAUCAAGAAAUUUCUCAAAACAGGGUCCUAUCCCCCUGGGGCCGAUACAACUGCUAAAAGCUUCUUGCGCAGAUUGUCUUCCAAAUUUUUCCUAAACGGAGAAGUGGUAUACAAAAGGACGUCAGACUUGGGCCUUCUAAGGUGUGUUGAUGAAGACGAAGCAGAAUACCUGAUGAAAGAAGUGCAUAGUGGAGUAUGUGGAUCACAUAUGAAUGGCCAUUUAUUAGCAAAGAAGAUUAUGAGGACCGGAUAUUUUUGGCUUACUAUGGAGCAUGAUUGUGUAGUUUUCGUUAGGAAAUGCGUCAAGUGUCAAUUGCAUGGAGAUGUUAUGCACACUCCCCCUACAGAAUUACACAGUAUGACUGCUCCCUGGCCAUGUUCGAUGUGGGGUAUGGAUGUGGUGGCAGACUUUCUAAGGAAGCACAUCAUUUGUCGUUUUGGAAUACCAGAGACAUUAAUCACUGACAAUGCCAAGAAUCUCAACAAUGAUAUGGUAGAUGGAUUGUGUGAACAGUUCAAAAUCAGGCGUCGGAACUCCUCUAUUUAUAGACCACAGAUGAAUGGAGCUGUUGAGACCACGAAUAAGAACUUGAAGAAGAUAAUCCGUAAGAUGAUUGAAAGACACCGUGAUUGGCACGAGAAGCUCCCUUACGCAUUAAUGGCAUAUAGAACUGCUAUUCGGACCUCUAUUGGGGCAACUCCCUACAACCUCAUGUAUGGGAUGGAAGCAGUAUUGCCAGCUGAGGUCGAAAUCCUUUCAUUGCGCAUUUUAAUGGAGGCCAAGCUAGAUGAGGCUGAUUGGGUUAAACAACGUCAUGAGCAGUUGUCUUUAAUCGACGAAAAGCGACUAAGCGCCAUUUGUCAUGGUCAAUGCUAUCAAAAAAGGGUAGCCCGUGCUUACAAUAAGAAGUUGGUGCUUGUGCAAGUCUUUCUCCAUCUGGUUGACGUUAUACUCUGGUUCCUUGUGGGAUGGAAGGGUAAUACUCUAUAG